AUGGAUGCUGAUCUCGAAAGAUCUUUAAAAGCAUGCGAUGAAGUCAUCAGGGACCUUCCAAACACAAUUCAAGAGUACCUAGAUAAGCUUAAUGAAGAUACAGCUCAGAUAGACCAAUUCCUAACGAUAAAUAAGCAGCAAGACUCACAGAAAUUAAAACAUCUGCAGCUUGCGUUAGAACAAAAAGAAGCAGAAAGAAAACAAAUGGAAGAAAAAAUCCAAGCUCUUGAGUACGAAUAUAACAACACUCAAGCUGAAAUAAAUGCUGCAUAUUUACGAAAUGAAGCCCAAAAAGAAAAAAUCCAGUCAUACGACAAGCAGCAUGCUGAAGAAUUGCAAAAGAUCCUCGAGGGUGAGCUUGAAAAAAUUGACCAUAUGACUAAAGAAAUCAGUCUUUACUGCAACAUCACUCAGCUUAGAUGGGAUUUUGAUAAAGAAGACACCAUAUCAGGCAGAAUUUUAAAAAAUAAUGAGUCAGUUGAGUUUUCAAUAAAGCCAUCUCCUGGAGAAGAUCUUAUUAAUUUCCGGACUGUUAAUGAGCUUUGGAAAGUGCUAGACUAA